AUGUAUAGGUAUAAAUGGAAUGAACUGCUUGCAGUUUGCUCAUCAAUGAUUAGGCCGAAAAGGAUACUGGAGAAACUAAAGAUUUUGAGCCCUAGUAAAAAUCAGACUUAUGAUGAAAAUGAAAAAAAAUAAUAAAAAUAACGAUUUAUAUUAUUAUUUCUAAUAGGAUAAUAAGCCAAAUCAAAUAGGCCAGAUAAUAGAAAAUAUUAAGGUUAUUAAAGGAUAAAGCCUUUUAAGAAGAUAAGCUAAAUAAUAAUGAAAAUGGAAUAUGCAUAUUUUGCAGAUAUGCUCAAACAGGAGAACGAAUUAUUUACGAAGAUGAGCUCGUCGCAGCAUUUGUUGACCGAAAAACAAUUGCUAAAGACUAUCUCCAAAUUAUUCCAAAACGCCACAUCAAAAAUAUAUAUGAUUUAUCUCCCCAAGAUAUACCUUUACUUCUCCAUAUGUGAGAUACUGGCCAGAGACUAUUACAAGACCGUCACCCAAACCAAAAAUAUAUAUUUGGAUUUCAUGUUCCCCCACGUAACAGUAUAGAUCACCUUCAUAUGCACUGCAUUGUUCCGCCAAUAAAAUCAUUUUUUGGGAAAAUUGUUCAUUCCAAUUACUUUUGGCUUAUGUCGCCUGAAGAUCUUUUAUUUAAGAUUCAACAUGAAUCAACACGCAAGCCAAGAAAAAUAAAAAUAUAA